AAAUAUAUUUGAUGAUACUAUAUAAUGGGAGUAGAAAAAGAAUUAGACGAGGAGAAAUUGUUUGUAGGAAAGAAAAGAAGAUUAGUGUAAGAAAAUUGGUAGCAUAGCAGCGUAAAGGAAAGGUUGAUUUUGAUGGGUAGAGUUUUCUAUCUCGAUUUGGAUGGAAGAGCUUACCGAUGCACUUUCUGCCGUACCCCUUUUGCCCUUGCCGAUCACGUUCUCUCCCGGUCCUUCAGCUGCAGUCGAGGGAGGGCAUACCUUUUCAGCAAAGUGGUGAAUGUUACGCUUGGGACUCAAGUAGAGAGAUUGAUGAUGUCUGGACUGCACACUGUUGAAGACAUAUUUUGUUGCUGCUGUGGACAAAUUGUAGGAUGGAAAUAUGUUGUAGCACAUGAGAAAAGUGAAACAUAUAAGGAAGGGAAAUUUGUGCUCGAGAGAUGGAGGAUAGUUGAUGAUGUCGAAGAUGAAUUAAAUUUGGAUGCUAAUGCUAGUUCAAGCGACUCAGAAAACACCUAGCAAGUUGAUUCUUUCAUGGAUUCAAGUAUUGUAGCUAAGCUAGAACAUAUAUUUUAUUGUUAGUACUUAGUAUUCGUCGAGACACGAUUUCACAAAGAAACUCUCUAGUUUAAGCAACAUAAGCCUGGCUUGAGUCCAGCAUUUAUAAAAUCUUUUCAUACGGCACUGGAUGUUGCUAUGUAUUUAUAGAGGGCAUUGAUAGGCAUGCCUGAGCAAACAUCCUGCAGUUCUUGUGGGUUGGAAGAGUAAUAAAUCUUAUUUUGUGAUAGUUAACAUUUUUACUUGAUCUCAAUAUAUCUAAUAUUUGUGCAAA